AUGGGAGGUCGUAAUGGGGGCUUUGCGUUGUCUGGAUUCGAUCGACGUCUCUCACACGUGAAGCUUAUUGCUCGGGCUGGUCACACGAUGGCCUCUCCGCCGGCGGUUGGCGGCGCAUCGACCGGUGGCCACUCGCCGGGCCCCAUGCGGGUACACUCGCAGUCCCCACCGCCGCCUCGGCAGUUGCUGGCGCGCGACCACCGCCACAGACAGCCAGCCCCGGCGCCCCACAUCUCCCCCGUGGCCGAACGACGACGCAACCCCAGCCCUCGGCAACAGCACCAGCAAACGCCCUCUUCUCACAGCGCCUCCCCUGCACUCUCUAACAGCCCAAGUGAUGGAAUGAAAGCACGUUACCGGUGCGAUGUGUUCCAGCAACGCUUUGACUAUGAUUCAAACGCUUUUGACCACAUCCAAAUAGCUCGUCAGAAGUCCAAAAACAGAUGGCUUCAAAUUGAACACGCCGGUAACCUGAAGGCACAAGAAGUGACUUUCAACUGGUUUGAGGUUGGUGGCGAUGCGUCGUCGUGUUUCCGGCCGCUUCACACCAACAGCGGUUCCAGUUGCUUCCAUCAACUUGGACUAAGCACACGACUCUGA